AUGUGUAGAGAUAGCUGCAGUCUCAAUAGGACAGAGAGAAUCUCCAGUGUGACACUAGUAGCCAGUGAGACUGAGCUGGUGGAGUUCAACAGCACUGUCACUCUCACAUGCUCCGCCUCUGGCUCUCCCACUUCAUUCCAGUGGUUUAACAGGAGUGAUGAGGUCACAGGAAGUGAUGGAGGGACUCUGACCAUAGAGAGUGUGACACGCUAUGAUACUGGGCCAUACAAGUGCAAUGCAUCCAACAUCGUCAGCUUUGGAAUGAGCUCUGAGAUUCUUGGAUCUACUAUCACCCUGUCCUGCUCCUCUGAGUCCAGCCCUGCUGCCCAGAUCCAGUGGGCUCUGAAUGGAACCCUGCUGGGUAAAGAGGGACCAGAACUCAGACUGGAGAAUGUUCAGACCAGUCAGAGUGGAGAAUACACCUGCUGGGCCCAUAAUAGUAAAACCCUGAGGUAUACAUUAUCAUAUCCAACAAGCAUCAUUGUUUUUGAGCGAAUCUCCAGUGUGACACUAGUAGCCAGUCAGACUGAGCUGGUGGAGUUCAACAGCUCUGUCACUCUCACAUGCUCCGCCUCUGGCUCCUCCCCCUCAUUCCAAUGGUUUAACAGGAGUGAUGAGGUCACAGGAAGUGAUGAGGGGACUCUGACAAUAAUGAAUGUGACUCGCAGUGAGACUGGGCCAUACGAGUGCAAAGCAUCCAACAUUGUCAACUCUGAAAUGAGCUCGGGGGUCUCUUUGACCAUUGCCUAUGGCCCAGACAGUGCUGUAGUUAAAGUGGCACCUGAAGCUGAGUUCUACAGCUCAGGAUCUACUAUUGUCCUGUCCUGCUCCUCUGAGUCCAGCCCUGCUGCCCAGAUCCAGUGGGCUCUGAAUGGAACCCUGCUGGGUAAAGAGGGACCAGAACUCAGACUGGAGAAUGUUCAGGCCAAUCAGAGUGGAGAAUACACCUGCUGGGCCCAUAAUAGUAAAACCCUGAGGUAUAAACUAUCACCACCAGCAAGCAUCACUGUUUUUGAGCGAAUCUCCAGUGUGAAUGUAGUAGCCAGUCAGACUGAGCUGGUGGAGUUCAACAGCUCUGUCACUCUCACAUGCUCCGCCUCUGGCUCCUCCCCCUCAUUCCAAUGGUUUAACAGGAGUGAUGAGGUCACAGAAAGUGAUGGAGGGACUCUGACCAUAGGAAGUGUGACUCGCUAUGAUACUGGGCCAUACAAGUGCAAUGCAUCCAACAUUGUCAGCUUUGAAAUGAGCUCUGAGGUCCGUCUAGCCAUUGCCUAUGGUCCAGACACUGCUGUACUGACAGUGACACCGCAUGCUGAGUUCUACAUCUCUGGAUCUAGUAUCGUCCUGUCCUGCUCCUCUGAGUCCAGCCCUGCUGCCCAGUUCCAGUGGGCUCUAAAUGGAACCAUGCUGGGUAAAGAGGGACCAGAACUC